GGGUCCUUUUGGCCUCUCGAGAAUUACAAGCGAGACAACAGGCGACGAUUGGCUGCAGAAUCACUCCACCUGAAAGGCGUGGGACGGCGAUAUCCCAUGAUGCCGCGCAUCUGAGCGCGUGACUGCAGGCAGCACACCCACUGAACCACGCAGCAGUGCCAUCCACUACGCGAGCCAACCCAACUUCAGCACCAAGCCCCGCAUUCUAUCCUCCUCCCUCAACUCCCCCCCUUCCCCUCCCACGCUUCCAAGGCCCUCCCCCCCCCCCAUGCAAGCCCCUGCGCGUCCCCCCACCCCCCGAAUUACGGCGCUGCGCUCUCUCCUUGCUCCGCAAAAGGCCUCCGCCGUCUCAUGUGGCGCCUCUCGUCGCGGGGCGCGUGGCGGGUGCUGCUAGGGGCGGCGUGGGUGGCGGGAUGGGUGGGGCUGUGCGCGUGGGUGGUGUGGUUCGCGCACACGCAGGCCGCCAAUCCGCGGGACGACGCGAUGCGUGGGUGGUGCCACACGCGCGUGCGCUACCUCUACCAGCGCCUGCUCUCGUCCGUCGCGCGCGUGCAGGAGAUGUCGGCGUUGGUGAAGGUGCUCAAUGGGUACGGUCCGCGCAGCGCCACCAACCUCACGUACUGGGGCCUGGCGGGGUGCGCCAACAACGAGAGCCUGGCGCGCUACAACGACGCCACGCUCAGCAUUGCACGCCUCACCACGGGCUCGCUCGUCAUGCUCGUCCAGGAUGCUGACCGGCCCCUGGUGGAGAGCAUUACCGGGAUGCGCAUCGUGUCGCUGCUGGGGCUGCCGUCCCCCCGCAAGCCGCUCUAUAUCAUCAACGUGCUGGGCAGCGUCGACCCCGCCCAGCCCCUUGCGCCCUUCACUGACUUCUCCGCCAUUGUGCCGCCCGACAUCCUCGCCACCUUCCUCCAGGGCUCGCCCGCCUCGUCCCCACCUGUCUUCAUCGGCAAGCAGCGCGUCAGCACUGUGUUCGUGGUGCCCAUCCUGCGCCACCCCGUGCCAGCGGGGGCGACGGCGGAGCAGCUGAGGGAGAGCAUCAGCACCAUGUGGGCGGGGCUCUACUUCCUCGAAAUUAAACUCAAGGAGCUCCUCGCUCUGCUGCAAAACGGCACCAGUCCCUACUCCCUGGCGCUGUACGACACCACGGACCCCGGCCAGCCCAUCCAGGUGGUGGGGCCGGAGCCCCUGCGCCUGGAGAACCGCGCCAUCUACCCCUUCGUGCUGCCGGGGCCCGUCGUGCCCACCCCUAAGCACGUGGAGCCCUUCCCUGAGGCCCUGCUGGGGCGCUCGUAUGAGGCGCACUGCAGGUUUGAGGGCGCCUACCCCACUUGGGACCUGGUGUAUGCGCCCAUGCUGCUGGGCCUGCUGGUGCUGAUAGUGGCGGUGCUGCUGUCCGCCGUGAUAGCGGUGCUGGCAUGGAAGCGCACACAGAUGGCAGAAGGGGUGAGGGAGAUCCAGCUGUGCACGGCGGCGCUGGAGACAGCUGUGCGCUCCAAGAGCGAGACCGUGGCCAACACAUCGCACGAGCUGCGCACCCCGAUCAUUGGCAUGAUAGGCAUGAUAGAGGAGCUGCUGGAGUCGGCGUUGGAGGAGUGGCAGCGGGCGGACCUGAGGGACGCGAGGGCGUGUGCGGAAGAGACGGUGGACCUCAUCAACCGCGUGCUGGACCUCGCCAAGCUGCAGGCAGGCCGCCUGCAGCUCGAGACACUGCCCUGCUGCCUGCGCCGCAUCGCGCACAAAGCCAUUGCACUCGUUGCAUGCGAUGCACAAAUAAAAGAGCUGCAAGUGACCUGCCACGUGGACGAGGGUGUGCCGGGUGUGCUCAUGGGCGACCCCACCCGCCUGGCGCAGGUUAUCGGCGAGCUCACAGCCCACGCCAAGAGCAACACCAUGGCCGGCCACGUCACCUUCCACGUCUGCUGCAUCCCUCCCCCGCCGCCUCCCCCCGCGUCGAUCAACUGCUUCAAUCUGCACGGCGCAUCCACUACUGCCCCCCCCUCCCAUGCCUCGCACGACUUCAACGCUUCCCCCCCCUCUCCAGCCCCCCCAGCCUCGUCAGCGUGGCAGCAGCUGGCUGCCUGUGUGCGCCGCUUCCCACCUCCCACCCGCCUGGCGUGCCUCCCUCAGCGCCUGCCAGCGAGCCACGGCAGCCGGGCAGGCGCCGGGGCUGCCAUCCGAUUGGGCGGAGAGAAGGGGCUCAUCGGGUUGAUGGGGUGCGUCAAGCACAGCUGCAGGCGUGUGGCCGCUGCAGCAGGCAUGAGUGAUGAGAGGGAGGAGAGAGGGGAGCAGGGCGAGGAGGCACAGGCUGGGCAUGGGCGGUUGGAGAAGGAGGUGAGGGAGUGGGUGGAGGGGGCGUGCCGGGCGAGGGAGGAGGGCGAGUGGAUGGUGGUGAUGGCAUGUGAGGACACGGGGGGUGGUAUACCACCAGAGGAGAUGCAGUGGGUGCUGGAUCCACAUGGGGACUCGCACCACAGCUCCGCUGUUGAUGGGGGUGGUGGCGAUGCUUCUGAUGGUUGUGACGGUGGCGAUGGUGACAGUCAAGGCGUCAAGGGGGGUUUCUUUCCCCUCUCGCUCAUCACGCGCAGCAGCCCGCUAGCAUUGGCAUCGGCAUCCACAGCGCGCAUGACUCACGAGCAGAGGGCUGCUGCCCGCCCGCGGUGGACGCCCUACCCGGUCCGCUUCCUGCUCUCCACCGCGCUGGUGGCUGAGAUGCGGGGGGGCAUGUCAGUGCUCUCAGACGCCACCACAGGCGCCACUGUUCUGGUGGCACUGCCCAUGGGGGGGGGGGUGGUCACUGCAAGCGAGGGGGUUGAGGACAAGAGUGAGGAGGGCGAUGUGGAGGGGAGUGCGGUGGAAAGGAAUGGCAUGAAGCCGGGCAUGCAGGAGCAUGCACCGCUGCAGCACCAGGCACCACCAAAGCACUCUCCCUCCAAACCCCUGGGCGGCAAGGACGGCGGCAUGGCGGGCGGCGUGGGGGAGGUGGAGGCGCUGGUGCGGGCGGCGGUGGCGGGGCGGCGGGUGGCAGUGGUGGAUGACAACGCUGUGAACCGCAUGGUGGCGCGCAGAACACUGCAGGGCUACGGGGCACAUGUGCUGCUGCUAUGCUCAGGGGAGGAUGCUCUACACGCUCUCUCCACUCCCUCUCCCUCCUCGCCUACCCACCUGCUUCUCCUCGACCUCCACAUGCCGCCCGGCAUCGACGGAUUCGAGACGGCGCGUCGCAUCCGUGCCAUGGAGAGAGCACAGCAGGUGCCAGAGGCAAACAUGGCAGCCAGUAGCGCAACAGACGGGGCAGGGGAAGCAUGUGCGAUCGAUGAAACGGUGGAAACAGGUCCAUGGAAUCAGCGCCUUUGCAUCAUAGCACUCACUGCUGACUUGGAUGCAGGUGUGAAGAGAGCAUGCAUGGAGGCAGGGAUGGAUGGAGCUGUGAGGAAGCCAAUAGUGGCACAUGAGCUGCUUUCAGCCCUUUCUUCUGCAGGGUUCGGAGAAUCCCCUAAAGCGAUCUAGUGGGGGAUGCCAUGAUUCACGAAUACUUUGACAACCCUCUUGUUGCUGCAUUCAGCCCUCUGCUAGCAGCACUCCAUUCAAGUAAUCCAGAAUACCAUGGCUGCGCGCUAUGCAAUGGAUACUAUAUUAGAAUAUAACAUUCUCCUUGUCCUACAUAGUUUCUUAUACUUGGGUAUAUAUAACCAAGUUGGGCUAUCUAGGGGUGUAGAUGAAUAUUGGGACUGGAUAUUCAACCAACCCAGGUGUAGCUAAAUUAAGUUUUGCAUUCCUGCAAGUUCCGUUUUUGGUGUAGC